AUGUCAAUCCAAGAAGAGAGCUCAGACAACGAGAAUGAAAGUCCGAGAUUUUCCGUUUCUCGGCGCCAAAAUCGUCAUUGGAAAACCCCAAGCACGAUGAAGGACCGAAAAUCGGAGGCGUCGCAGAAGUUAGAGAACACGUACCAGCUUGGACCGGAAUCGGGCGACAAGUUAAAGGUCGGGUUUGCUAAGACAAUCAUGCAUGGGAUCAUGGAGGCUGCCCUGAAAGAUUUGGAGUACGACAACAAGAUUUGCGCACGCAUGAGCACGCGGAUUGCUGACGAAAUCAAGGGACGUUUGAAGCACUCUCUGAAGAGGUAUAAGAUCGUCUGCUAUGUGACGAUUGCGCAAUCGGACAGUCAGGGACUUGAGAUGACGUCUCGCGCUGUUUGGGAUCCGAGAUGGGACAGCUUUUCGACGGCGAGAUAUCAAAAUUCUUCUCUUGUUGCUGUUUCGACAAUUUAUGCACUUUAUUUUGAAUAG